CAGUUUAGAGCUGCUGAAUUCCAAAAAGAUGAGUUUUUUAUAGUGAUUGAAAUCUCAAAUACCUAUAUUGGAAUUUGGAUAGUAGUAGCUUGCAACUCAGCCAAGUCAAUUUCUUCUGCUUUCAAUUAAUUUGAGAGAAAGAGAGAGAGGGGAAAAUCAAAUUCAGAUGAUGAGUUUGCAGCUUGGGCUAAUCCCCCAACUCUCUUUCCAGAGAACCCUAACCUCACCAUUUUCGACCACCCAAACUUCAAUUAAACUCCCCAGCUGCCCAUCUCCCAACCCUAAAAGACUUCGCUUGCAGCCCCUUCGUUGUAAUGCCUCCAAUAAGGACACUGCCAAAACUACGCCUGAGACUGGGAGCAGCGGUGGAGGCGGCGACGUCGGCAAUGGAGAUGAUGACGGAACAGGAGAGAGUGGUAGUCUCUUGGCAGAAUGGCUGAAUUUCAGCGCAGACGACUUCAAAACGGUUGUUGCGGUGGUCGCUAUAUCGCUGGCCUUCAGAUCGUUUGUGGCUGAGCCUCGAUAUAUUCCUUCCUUGUCUAUGUAUCCUACAUUUGAUGUUGGAGAUAGACUUGUAGCUGAAAAGGUGUCAUAUUAUUUUCGAAAACCCUGUCCAAAUGAUAUUGUAAUUUUUAAAAGCCCACCCGUGCUGCAAGAAGUUGGCUACACAGAUGAUGAUGUUUUUAUCAAGCGGAUAGUUGCAAAAGAAGGUGAUACUGUUGAGGUUCAUGAUGGGAAAUUGAUUGUCAAUGGAGUUGUCCGAAAUGAAGACUAUAUUCUUGAAGCACCAAAAUAUGAAAUGACACAAACGCGUGUACCGGAGAACUCAGUUUUUGUUAUGGGCGAUAAUCGCAAUAAUAGCUAUGACUCACAUGUCUGGGGCCCCCUUCCUUCAAAGAAUAUAAUCGGAAGAUCUGUGUUCCGGUACUGGCCUCCUACUAGAGCCGGUGGCACGAUAUCUCCGGAGGGCUGUGCCAUUGACAGGAAGGAUACUAGUGUAGCUAGUCAAUAAAAGUGCAAUUCUAAGAUUUCUUUAAUUAGAUAUUGGUGAAACAAAUUCUUGUCUCAAAAGAGACCUCCAUUCAUUCUGUUUUAUCUGAAAAAAGGUAGGCCUAAGUUUUGUA